CGUCCCGCUGCUACUGCCUCGGUUGAGCACGAGGAGAGGAUGGGAUCGGACCCUCCCGCCACUAACGGUGGUGCUGACCGUUGUGUCCCCGCAGAGCCCCGCCGCAGACCGUGCACCGCCAGGACCCGCUGCCGCCGGACCAGAGCCCUGAGAUGGAUUUCCCACCGGAGAAGAGGAUGUGCAUGAGGGCGUCCACACAGUCCAGCACAAGAUCCUGCUGUGACAUGCCAGACUGGAAAGGAAGGGAGCAGGAGGUGCUGCGACCAAGGACCUGCAUGCCCGGAACGGCGGACAAGGCUGUGCAGACGGAGGAAGCUGUCGAGAGGCCUGAGGAGAAGCGGCGGCAGUCCCCGAGCCCAUCACCGUCGCCGGGGAACAGAAGGCUGCGCAGGAGGAGCAUCUGCCUGCUGGUGCCUUGCGAGACCCACCCACUGGUGCAGUUCCCUGAGCUCAUCCCGGGCUACCCCUCCACAGAGGCGAUCCUAGAGAAGGAGAGGGAGGCAGCGUGGCAGCGCUUUCACCAGCUGUUGAGGCCCAAGGCUGAUGCGGUCCCCAGCACCAGUGGGGAAGGUAUGUCCCUGGGCACAGUCAUCGCCCGGGGCUCCUCACGCACCAACUGCACACAGGCAGCGUUUGCAGCCACAACAUCGGUCAUUUCUGGGCUGGCCGCUUUUACCACCACCGGCCUUACUCACACCAGCCAGCCCAGAAGCAGGAGCGUACCCGUGCUGGGAGGUGAGUCAGGGCAGAUGGGCCUUCUGCGGGGGUGAAGAGCAGGGCUAGAUCUAGGCAGCAGCUUUCCUGCCGGACCUGGCUGAGCUUCCCAGGCUCAGCAGCCCUGAGGGGCUGGUGCUCGGGCUGUGCAGAGCCUUGCCGUGCGAAGGGAAGGUGCUUCCGUCACUCUCUGCCCCAGGCCCCAGCCCUGGGGGUGGUGGAGGGGAAUCUGAAAUGCCGCUCCUUGUCCCCUCUGGACGCAACGGAUGCGUCGGUUCCUGUGGGUGCUGCCACCUCCCUAAAGCCAGGCUCUUCCUCCUUUGCUGACCCCGGCUCACAGUGGUGUGUUGCUUUCCAGGAACUCCUGCGCCCUUCUGUGGCCAGCGCCCCUCAGGCCUUGGAGGAGACGGCGCUUCCUCUGGUAGAGAGGGAGUUUAUGCUUCAGCCUGGAGGAGCUGAUGGGUCGUGUUGACCCCUUGGGCUGGGGGAUGGCGGAAGGGCCAGGCUGUGCUGUAGGAGCCGGCUCGGGUGGUAGCUGCUGGGUUCUGGGGAUGCAAAACCUUCCGUUCCACCUGGGACAGGGACUGUGGUACCCCCUGUGCCAGCUCGGAGCGCGGCUGCAGAGACCUGAGCAAACCUUUGUGCUUCCAGGUUCGUCCACCCCUGCCUCUUCGACCCGAGCAAGAUCCAGGAUUGAGGGAACUCGUAAGCGGAUAAAGGCACGGAUCAAGCAUUCCCGCAAUAAGUAACAGCCAGUGCUGCUGGCCCCCCAGCUGCAGGGGCUCUGGUCCAGAGCAGCCCCGAGGAGGGACUGGAGUGAUGGGGCCAGGCCCGUCCCUGCUGCCGGCAAGAAACCGUGCUGGGUGGCAGCGCCCGGGGUGGGACGGGGUGAACUGAACUCUUCCUCCUGGAACAGUUCCACAGCCAAGGCUGGAUGAACCUCUGUGUAUCUCUGCAGCAUUUCCUUCCUGGCUUUAUUUUGCCAUGUUUCCUAAGCUGUAAACUUUUGCUCCAGCCCUGGCAGUCUCCCCUCCCUUCUUCUCUGUGCUGGUGUCCCCUCCCCAUGUCGGGGUGCUCUGGAGCCACUAGCGGAGUCCAGAGCGGAUGGGGGUCCUCCCCCUCCCCAAAUCCAAAUCAUUUCUCAUUUGUGGCUCAUCCCCACGUGUUUGGGGUUUACCAGCUCCCAGGAGCUGCGGUGCUGUCUCCCCUGGUGCCAUUCAGUGGGAGCAGGGCAGAGGCUGCCGGAGCCAGGGCUCACCCGAGAGCUGCUCCCCCCCGCCUGCGGGGUCCCCACCACCCUCAGGAGGGCUUCGCUGCUGGGUCUUUAACUCUCUGAGCUGUGAGGAGGACCGCUCCGAUGCCAAGUGGCCUUUUGGGCCACCAGCAGGAAAACGUCGGCGGCUGUGAUAUUUUUUGAAGAUUUUUAUUAUUCUACGUUUGUUCUACGUUUGUUCUAAUAUAGUUGUUAUACUGUUGUUCUUUUGUUGUUACGCUGUAGUUUUUUUGUUGUUAUACUGUAGUUGUUUUGUGGUUUUA